AUGUUGCGACGAAAGUAUCGGUUUGUGCUGUUCCUCGGAACAAUAUGGAUUGUAGGAAUUGUGAUUUAUGCUUUCAAAUCCUACAACAGCCCUAAAUCCAGGGAGGUUCGUGAUUUUGAUGGGGUGUUUGAUGAGAAUGCCAACCAGGUGGUGGAGAUGGAUAUGGGAUUCAAGUCACCAGAAAUACCUAAAAAGAUAGUACCACCAAAACGCAGCCAUCGAGUGGACGAUUCACCAAAUAGUAAGCAGAUGAUGAGUGACGGCUCUGAUGACAUAGAUUGGCAGGACUUUGAUGAAAAGGCAUACAUAGACAAGAAGCGUUGUACUGCAGGACAGGACUGUUACACUGCAAACAAAUUCAAUCAACUUGCAAGUGACAAUGUCAAGAGUAAUCGUCAUGUGAUGGACACGCGCCAUUCCAUGUGCAAAUCUGCCGACUUUUCUUCUGAUCUGCCUCCUACAACAGUGAUCAUCACCUUCCACAAUGAGGCUCGGUCCACUCUCAUCCGCACUAUUGUCAGUGUUUUCAACAAAAGCCCAGCGCAUCUCAUCACCGAAAUAAUAUUGGUGGACGACUUUAGUGAUGAUCCAUCUGAUGGCUUGGAAUUGGAAAAGAUGAAAAAGGUGAAGCUGAUUCGUAACAAUAAGAGGGAGGGACUUAUGCGAUCCAGGAUCAAGGGAGCUGAUGCUGCGUCGGCGACGGUGCUAACCUUCCUCGACAGCCACUGUGAAUGUAAUGAGAAGUGGUUAGAACCUCUUCUGGAACGUGUUGCCGAGGACAAACAUCGUGUGGUAAGCCCAAUCAUUGAUGUCAUCAACAUGGAUAACUUUGAGUACAUUGGUGCAUCUGCUGAUCUCAAGGGAGGUUUUGAUUGGAAUCUUGUUUUCAAAUGGGACUAUAUGACUUAUGAGGAAAGAAAUAAGAGAAACAGCAACCCCAUAGCCCCAAUCAGAACACCAAUGAUUGCUGGAGGCUUGUUCACUAUUGAAAAGAGUUGGUUUGAUGAGCUUGGAAAAUAUGACAUGAAAAUGGAUGUUUGGGGUGGUGAAAAUCUAGAAAUAUCUUUCCGAGUGUGGCAGUGCCAUGGAUCGUUGGAGAUAAUCCCUUGUAGUAGAGUGGGACAUGUCUUCAGGAAACAGCACCCGUACACCUUCCCCGGAGGCAGUGGCAACGUGUUUGCCAGGAAUACACGACGAGCAGCAGAGGUGUGGAUGGAUGAAUAUAAGGAGUUCUACUACGCAGCUGUGCCUUCAGCUCGCAUGGUGUCCUUUGGAGACAUCACAGAUAGGUUAAAGCUACGAGAAAAUCUACAGUGCCAUUCUUUCAAGUGGUUCUUGGAAAAUGUUUACCCAGAACUCAAAGUACCUAACACACAGGAUGUGGCAUUUGGUUGUAUCCAACAGGACACAAUGUGUGUUGACACAAUGGGCAAUUUCGCUGAUGGCACCUUAGGAGUCUUUCCAUGUCACUUCGCAGGAGGAAAUCAGGAGUUUUCACUAGGUAAAGAUGGAAUGAUUCGACAUCUUGACCUCUGCUUGACCUUGACAUCAACAGCAGAAGGCAAUACCAUCAAACUAUAUCAGUGUCAGGAGAACAACAACUUACAGGUGUGGACUAGGUUCAACGAAGACACCAUGCUAAAGAGUAAACAUCUGGAUCUUUGUCUGGACAGUAGGGAAGUACAAAUAAAGAGUAAGGGGCUCACAGCCAACAAGUGUGAUACAGAGUCAUCAUCACAACGAUGGAGCUUCCAAGUCUCCAGGAACUAAGUGUAAAGGGCUUGAUGCCAACAAGUGUGAUACAGAGUCAUCUUUGCAGUUGGAGUUUCCAGAUCUUCAGAAACUAAGGACUGUUGUCGUGGCAUUCUCGCAAAGAGGCUUGAUAAGGUUCUGCCAAAAAGUCAAAUGAAAUCCAAGGAUUAACUAUUUUCUAGUUUAUGCCAUAAUUGUGUGUUACAGCUUUACUCCAUCUCAGGGUCCAUUUGUUAUUUGUAGUUUGUCUGGUAAAUCUCCAGUUGUCUCCCCUCCACAUAGCCUUGACAUCUUUUAUUCUAAUGCCCCUUCCAUUAUGUGGGGAUGCCCUGGGCUGUUAUUCUCUAAUUUAUCAUAAUUUGAUCUCUGUUCAAGUUUUCCUUUGUGGAUGAAGACACUGAAUUGUAAUUUGGAAUGUAGAUGUAUAAAUUUGGUUCUGAUCAACGAUUUCUUUUUCCAAAAGAUAUGACCUCUGAACUUAAAAAAAUUUCAACAAAUCAACAGAUUCUAGGUAUUUUCUCGGGGCUGGAUGGGAAUAUGUAACUGAAGUUUAAUAUGAACAUUGGUUGUAUGUUUGUACUAAAUCAGCUUUAUAUGGAUUAAAGUAGUCAGCGUUGGUUGGUCAACUGAUACCUGACACAAUCUGGAAAACUGCCAAUAACACUAAAAAGCUCCAAACACAUCAUUGGUUGCCAGCAGGGGUAUUCAGGUCACACCAACACAUGUUGUUUUGAUUUUUGACAGAACUAGUCAGUAACUGAUUUCCCCUUAAACAUCCAGUUUUAGAAACCAUGUAUUGACAUCCAGGUCACAAACAGCCUGAGUAGUACAGGAGCAUAAGUCACUAGGAGUGAAGAGGGGUUUACCAGAUAUGGGUGUUUUUCCCAUGUUAUUUUAAUGCAGGACUUCCUGCAGUGCAGGUGGUUAUGGACGGCAUUUGCUUACAACAGUUACAUGAUGUUUAGAGUAUUCUCCAAGAUUGUUUAUGUUACACCUGGUGUGUAACAAUAGGAUUAUCAAGGUAUAAUGUACUGAUAGAUGUGAUUAUAGACAUACAAAUCCUACAUGUUUAUCUAAUUAACCAUGGAUCAUACUUAUAACCUUUUGUAAUAUAAAUGCUGGUCACACUUUUACUGGUCACACUUCCCUGUAAAGCCAAUCAAAUUCUAUAAGGAAGUUUUAUAUGAAAGAAAAGAAAGUGUGGUAUUUUUAACAAGUAUGAACUUAACAAUUAUAAAGAUCUGAUAUUUCAUGCUUAUGAAAAGGGCACUGUACUGGUUCAGAUUGCUAAACAUGACAGCUUUGUAGAUGUGCUAUUGUAGGCAGGUCAAAGCAGUUACACUUUGAUACAGCCUUAUUUGAUAUGUUUAAUAAUCAACUUUUAAUGAGAAAUGUCUGAGUAUGCUUUGUAAUUAAUUUUAAUGGGCAGUAACUUGGUGUGCUCUGUAAUUAAUUUUAAUGGGCAGUAACUGAGUGUGCUCUGUAAUUAAUUUUAAAGGGCAGUAACUUGGUGUGCUAUGUGAUUAAUUUUAAAGGGCAGUAACUGAGUGAGCUCUGUAAUUAAUUUUAAUGGGCAGUAACUUGGUGUGCUCUGUAAUUAAUUUUAAUGGGCAGUAACUUGGUGUGCUAUGUGAUUUAUUUUAAAGGGCAGUAACUGAGUGUGCUCUGUAAUUAAUUUUAAAGGGCAAUAACUGAGUGUGCUCUGUAAUUAAUUUUAAAGGGCAGUAACUGAGUGUGCUCUGUAAUUAAUUUUAAGGGGCAGUAACUUGGUAUGCUCUGUAAUUAAUUUUAAGGGGCAGAAACUUGGUGUACAUUGCGAUUUAUUUUAAUGAGCCAUUACAGAAUGUGCUCUAUGAUUAAGUUUAAUGGGUAGUAUCUAAGUGUAAUCUCUGAUUAACUUUAAUCUGAGAGUACAUGUGCUUUUCUGCUCUUGAAUCGUUUUAUUAAAAAUUCUUGGACUGAUUUUCUAAUCAUGCAUUUUGAGUCCCAUUUGUACUGCAUAAUCAAGUCAAAUUUGUAACAAAAAGUGACAGCAAUUUUACAUUUAUGAAAAUCAAAGUUGAAGAUUUACUUGUCUCCUCUCUCAUCUUGGUAGAUGAUUAUAAUUGAAUAUAACUGAAGCCAUUUUCCCCCUAUGAAAUCUCUAUCAAAUUGUCCAUAAAAAACAAAGGAAAUGAUCAUUUUCAGUCCAUCAUUAAUCUGAUCAUGAUGAUCCAUCAUUAAUCUGAUCAUGAUGAUCCAUCAUUAUUCUGAUCAUGGUGAUCCAUCAUGAUCCAUCAUUAAUCUGAUCAUGGUGAUCCAUGAUGAUCCAUCAUUAAUCUGAUCAUGGUGAUCCAUCAUUAAUCUGAUCAUGGUGAUCCAUCAUUAAUCUGAUCAUGGUGAUCCAUAAUGAUCCAUCAUUAAUCUGAUCAUGGUGAUCCAUCAUUAAUCUGAUCAUGGUGAUUCAUCGUUAAUCUGAUCAUGGUGAUCCAUCAUUAAUCAGAUCAUGAUGAUCCAUCAUUAAUCUGAUCAUGGUGAUCCAUAAUGAUCCAUCAUUAAGCUGAUCGUGGUGAUCCAUCAUUAAUCUGAUCAUGGUGAUCCAUCAUUAAUCUGAUCAUGGUGAUCCAUCAUUAAUCUGAUCAUGGUGAUCCAUCAUUAAUCUUAUCAUGGUGAUCCAUCAUUAAUCAGAUCAUGAUGAUCCAUCAUUAAUCUGAUCAUGGUGAUCCAUAAUGAUCCAUCAUUAAGCUGAUCGUGGUGAUCCAUCAUUAAUCUGAUCAUGGUGAUCCAUAA